UUCAUAAAUUCUAAGCUAAAAACUGGAAUUUUCUCUGAGAGCAUAACUCAUCUGUGGAAGAAAGCCUUCAUUCUCCUCACAUUGGGAAAUGAGCUUCAAUACGUUUUAAGGUUGCGCCCCUCCUGGCCAAUCAGGGUGCUGCAUCAGUUCCGACACCACCCCCCAGCGGCCGCACAGGCGCACUGAGCGCUCAACUGCCAUUUUGUGGCAGAAGCUACUCUGCCAAAGCGGGUGAGGAAUUAAAACUAACUGCGAAGAAGCGUGUAGUUUAUUCCGAGCUGGUUAAACUUUUUAGCACUGCCUCUCUGCUUCCAGGCGGGACCACAGGGAGGAGAAACACUCAGAAACAGUUGUUGCUAGACAUGGAUGGCAGCUCAGCAGAAGCUGUGGGGGAGGUGGACGCCCCCCCUAAAGACUUCCCAUCCAUCCAGGCCGUCCACAGCCAGGAGGCCCUGGUGGUGGAUCUCCUCCAGCAGGCGGCGGAGGCCGGGGGCGUGGUGCAGGGACCGGCGGCUGUCAUACUGGAGCAAGGUCAUGUGGAAGGAAUGGUAGCAGCUGCCCAAUCCCAGCAGGCGCUGCUGGAAGCUGGGGUCGGGGUGAGCGUGCAACGUGGAGAAGUAGAAAUGAUGGUCAUGGAUUCCCUGGAUCCCACCCUGAUGCAGAUGAAGACUGAGGUGAUUGAUGCUGCAGUGGGGGGAUCAUCAGCCACAGUUGGCAUGGUUGCAGGAGCAGCUCAUCAGGCUGCUGUGGCAACAGUGGACCAGACUCAGAUCAUCACUCUACAGGUGGUCAACAUGGAGGAGCAGGCAGCUCUGGGUCUGGGCGAGCUGCAGCUGGUUCAGGUGCCGGUUUCUGCCGCCGCCGUGGACGCUCUGCAGCAAGGCACAUUUGUGGAUACCACAGCAAUGCCGAAGUCUGGAGACCCCGUCAUCUGUCACACACUUCCUCUGCCUGAGGGCUUUCAGGUGGUCAAAGUUGGUGCUAAUGGGGAGGUGGAGACUGUGGAGCAAGAAGAGGGAGUAGAGGCACAUUCUGAAGAGGAUGAGGACGAUGCAGAGGUGGGACAGCAGCUGCUGGAGGAAGGAGAGGAGGCUGCCCAGCCUCCAAACCAUCACCAAAACUGGGCUAAAGACCCAGACUAUCAGCCUCCAUCUGGGGGGAUCAAAAAGGCCAAGAAGGGGAAGAAGAGCCGCCUGCGCUACGCUGAAGGAGACAAGGACAUGGACGUCAGCGUGUACGACUUUGAAGAGGAGCAGCAGGAGGGCCUUCUGUCUGAGGUCAAUGCAGAGAAAGUAGUUGGCAACAUGAAGCCUCCAAAGCCCACAAAGAUCAAGAAGAAAGGGGUGAAGAAGACUUUCCAGUGCGAGCUGUGCAGCUACACAUGUCCUCGUCGCUCCAACCUUGACCGGCACAUGAAGAGCCACACUGAUGAGAGACCCCACAAAUGUCACCUCUGUGGAAGAGCCUUCAGGACGGUGACUCUGCUGAGAAAUCAUCUCAACACACAUACAGGGACUCGACCACACAAGUGCACAGACUGCGACAUGGCCUUCGUCACCAGUGGAGAACUGGUGCGUCAUCGUCGCUACAAACACACACACGAGAAGCCGUUCAAAUGCUCCAUGUGUGACUACGCCAGUGUGGAGGUGAGCAAACUGAAGCGGCACAUUCGCUCCCAUACUGGGGAACGUCCCUUCCAGUGCAGUUUGUGCAGCUACGCCAGCAGAGACACAUACAAGCUGAAGAGACACAUGAGGACACACUCAGGAGAAAAACCUUAUGAGUGCUACAUCUGCCACGCCCGAUUCACCCAGAGCGGAACCAUGAAGAUGCACAUCCUGCAGAAACACACAGAGAAUGUGGCCAAGUUCCACUGUCCACACUGCGACACUGUCAUCGCACGCAAGAGUGACCUGGGGGUUCAUCUGCGGAAGCAGCACUCGUUUAUUGAGACCGGGAAGAAGUGUCGCUAUUGUGAUGCUGUUUUCCAUGAGCGCUACGCUCUAAUCCAGCAUCAAAAGUCCCACAAGAAUGAGAAGAGGUUCAAGUGUGACCUGUGUGACUACUGCUGCCGUCAGGAGCGCCAUAUGGUCAUGCACCGGCGGACCCACACAGGAGAGAAGCCGUUCGCGUGCAGCCAGUGUGAAAAGACCUUCAGGCAGAAGCAGCUGCUGGACAUGCACUUCAAACGCUACCACGACCCCAACUUUGUUCCCACAGCUUUUGUUUGCCCCAAGUGUAGCAAGACGUUCACCCGCAGGAAUACCAUGGCUCGUCAUUCUGAGAACUGUAACGGGGAGGUGGAGGAGUUUGAGAACGGAGCUGCCACUCCAAAGAAAGGCAGGAGAGGAAGGAAGAGGAAGAUGAGGAGCAGGAGGGAUGAGGAUGAUAGCGAAGACGACAUCCCCGAACAAGACGAGGGUGAAGAGGAGGGUGAGGAAGAAGCAGCACUGCUGCAGGAGGAGGAGGACCUGGAGGGCAUGGAGCUGGAUCAGGCUCCUGCUGUUAUCCCAGUUGUGGCCCCAGAUGAGCCUCCAGUGAAGAGGAAACGAGGCCGACCCCCCAAGAACCCCAAACCUCAAACCCCCAGCAGAGCUGGGACUGCUUCUUCUGUGGCUGCCAUGAUUCAGGUGGAGGACGAGCUGACGGGUGCAGUAGAGAACAUCAUAGUGAAGAAGGAGGGGGGCGACGCAGCAACUUCUGUGAAGCAGGGAGCGGACCUGGCAGUGGAAGGAGGGGUGGGUGGUGGUGAGGGGGUGGAGGAGGUGGAGCUGACUGUGAACCAGGAAACAACAGCAGCUACUGCUGCUAAUGGAGAUCUCACACCAGAGAUGAUCCUCAGCAUGAUGGACCGCUGAGCAGCAGAGGAUGGAGGCUCCACCCUGUGCUCCACCUGCAACCCUCCAGCUCCACCCUGGUCCAGGCUGAGCUGCUCUCUGACCGUUAAGACUUUUCUCCACUGAAUGAAUCUGCAUGUUUUGCUACUUUGUCCCACUCAUAGCCACAUCCUGUCUGCCUGUGCCCACACACAUUUCACUUCAUGUGCACACACAAUCCCCCUGUGUGUGUGCACCCACAUCCGAAAACAUCAAGUAACAGAAUUAGAGUUUUCAGUUGCGCUGGAUGUUUCUCCAGCAUGUCAUUAACAACGGACUCUUUUUGAGGGCGGCCAUCUAAAGAGCAGAACCUUCCAACCCAGGAACCGGGAGCCAUGGUACGGUUCUCUGUGCUGCUCUGACUUCUCUUUCAGGGUGCGAUGUAACAUAGCAACACUUUUCCAGUCAUUCAAACAGUUUUUGUCUGAAACCAAGAGUUUGUCAUUUCUUAUCCUUUCCUUCGCUGUGGUCUUUAGUGUCUCCAUGGCCGGUGGCUCGUUGCAGCUGUUGGUCUGUUAGUUUGGUCCAUUUCAUUUACUUAGAGACAAACGAGGCUGGGGAACCUGGAAUAGACUGCUGCUUUAUCCUCCAUGUUUAGCUCUCCUCGUACCUGUGUCCACUGGAGCAGUGGACACAGGUACCAUACACCUGUAAGCAGUGUGUGUGUCAGCUUACACCCUGCUGACACACACGCCAGUCCUUAGAGCUACUUGAACCACAGUGUUCACUGGUGCCUCACAGGUGGGGACAGUGCACUGGUUGGUGAAGCAUUUACUCCAAAUUGGAGGAAAAAAAGAAAAGAGAAAAUGAUUUAAGGCCAGAAAGUUUCAGAAAUCAUUGGAACAAACUUCUCCCAAAAGGUUUUCUUCUUCUUCAGAAGCGUGUUCCUCGCCUCCAUCAUUCAGAGUCCUGAUGUUCCCCGGCGGACUGUGAUGUCACGGUGUGUGAAGUUGAUGUUUUCCCUGAUUGAAGCGAUCCAUCAUGUUAGAAAGGCUCUGCUCUGCUCUGCAGUGUGAAGAACCCACUGGGCCUGAGCAACCAGUACCAGCAUGGUGGUGUUUGUGAACAUUCCACGUGUUUUUAGGUGGUGAGGUUUUCUAACUUCUAACUUUUCAGGCUCACUUCCUGCUCUCCUGCCAUCAGUCAUCACACAGACCAGCUGACUUGGACCUGGACCCGAAACUGGAUCCAAACCCAGACCUGGACAUAAAACUGGACCCAGACCUGUCUGCUGGCUUCCAUGUACAUAAAUGUUUUAAACCUUCUUGGAAGAAAGCCUUUCCUUUCUGAUUUUGAUAAUGUUUUAAAAAGCAACUGGACUUUGUUUCCUGAUUCAGUAAAUGUGGUUCUGGUGCUCUGACUGGAUCCUGGUGGUCACUUGUGAUUUCCAGCCAAAGAUCAGCCCAAACUAAACCAGAUAAGCCACUUUGUCAUUUCCUGUGUGUUAUUUUAUUGCUUUACACUUUUUAUUUUCUAGUUGCCACUUUACUGUUUCUCCUUUGAUUUGGUUAUUCCUCCAUCUGUAAAACAGUGUCCGGACCUGUUUAGGCGGUGAAGCCCUGUUUGAGUUUUCCUGUUUUCCAAAGGUUCUGUUUGCCAUGAGCUGUUUCCUGAUUGGUCAGCUGUCCUGUGGUGAGAUGAAGCCUGAUUGGAUGUGUUUGCAUGUCAGCUUCAUGCAAAUCAAAAAAUCAAAAAUCUCUGAUGAUAGGCUUCCAUAAUGUCAGCAUCUGCUGUAUCUCCAGGAAUGUUAGUUGUAUGAAUCGCUCCAGAUAUCUGUCCUGUCCUGCAGCUGUUCAGUUCCAGCUACGUCUGGUACCUGUUUGCUCCCACCUUUUCUGCUGUAAUCUGAGAUCUACUCCUAUAAAAUGAAAGCUAAUCUGCUGUGUUGCUGUUGGACACAGCUCUGAUUUAUUUGAUCAUGUCCUUGGCAGAGAAUCUGCCUGGUCUAAGUCCAACAGAACCAGAAACGUUGACCAUGCCAUUUCUUUAGUUACCACUCUGUACAGAUAAUACUGAACAAUAAAAUCACUAUAGUGGA